GUCAUCGCAGCUUCAUCAUCACGGACGGUUCUAAAUUCGCUUCACAAAACGCCACAUUGUUUCCACAAGAAAUAAAAAAAAAAUAAAGAAAGAAACAACAAUAAGGAUAUUUUUUGUGUAUCAACCACCUCUUCUACCCUCUAACUACAACACACUUUCAUACUGUACGUAUGAGUAAUAGAGUUUAACAGUAAAAAUAAAACAAACAAGAGGAAAUUCUAAAAUUAAAAAAAAAGAAACGAAAAUGUUUAAAAAAUGCUAACACGACUGAUUGAUUGAAAGACGGUUGGCAUGUCAGUCAUUUGAAUUCGAAUUGAAGUAAAGUGAACCAAUAGUAGUGUAUGGAGUGUAUCAAUAAUACAAAAGCAAUUAAAAUAGUAGAAAAACAAAUACAGCAAUAGUAAACAGUAUUUAUAGUGAAAUCAGAAUUUUAUUUAAUAAUCAUCACAUCACUAUCACGCACAUACACACAGACUGGCAAAUAAACAAGUAAUAAAAAUAAAAGUGAACAAAAUAUAGAAAAAAGUUAUAUAAAAACAAAUAAGAAGAAUCUACAAAAACAACAAAGUUUAUUCAACUUCCGGUAACGAGGUCGUAACUAACACACAUUUAUAAAUAAGUGUAUGUUUAUUUGAAUGUAUUUAUGUGUACUUGCAACUAAAUACACUGAACGUAUACGUAACGGUUCGGUGUGCGUGUAAGCGUUUGUGUAUUUGUAAAAGUAAUAGCGAGCACGUGCUUAGUGGUAAUGACAUACAUUUCGUGUAGUUAAAUUUUACUCUGUUUAUAUACAAUAUCGCACUUCGUUAUUUAAUCUUAUAGUUGCUACUGCUGCUGCUACAGCCGCUUUUGCUGUUGUUGUUGUUGGCGUGGUUAAUGUUAAUAUUAUUGUAGCUGUUGUUUACGUUUUUUCUUCUUCUAUCCACACCUCUUUUGUUUUCUCAACCCUCAGCUCAGCCGUAUGGUGUUUUAUAUUUCAAGGAUAUUUUCAUAAUAACAACAAUAAUAGUGGUACUCAACUUAUUUAUCCAAAAACACGCAUACCAACAAACUCUUACAAAUCCAGUUUUAUAAACAACUACAACAACAACUAACAAAAAACUACAAGAAGAGCAUCAGCAUUAAAAGAGCUGAAAACGAGAAUAUAACCGCCAGACAAAAGGGAUUAGAAUAAUAUUGGAUGGAUAACAAAUAUUAGAUUAUCUUGCAAAGUAUGCGUAUCUGACUAUUUAAGACGAUUAGAGGAAGUUGGAUUAAUUCAAAGGAUGUGGACUAUAAUAAAGAAAAAUGAGCCACAUCGACAAUACUAUAAAAAUCAAAAUACAAUACAUAAACCAAGGCAGCAUCUCAGAGAGUACGUAGCAGUUGAGCAUUUUUUGUCACUUAUAAAAUAUCAGAUGCAUACAAUGCAUAUUUACCUGCUACUGUGGAUGAGUUUUAUCCUAAUUGUGGGUCUAACAGAUGCUUCGAAUUACUUUGACACCCAGGGACCCAACUUUUCACAUGAACCACCAAGUCGCAUUGAAUUUACAAACACUGCUGGUAAUAUUGCAGAUUGUAUAGCACACGGUAAUCCUCCACCUAAUGUUGAGUGGUUAGACAAGGAAAACAAUCCUAUAACAUCUAUCUCAAAGGUUCGACAUAUCCUAGCAAAUGGAUCAUUGUAUUUUCCUCCAUUUGAAGCGGAUGAAUUUCGGCAAGAUGUUCAUUGGUCAGUAUAUCGGUGCGUAGCAAUGAAUGCCGUCGGUUCCAUUGUAUCGCGUGAUGUAGUCGUGAAAGCUGUGGUUAAUCAACGUUAUGAACCGGAAGUACAAAAUCCUGGUGGGUUUAUUGGCAGUAACGUCUUAAUCAAAUGCAAUAUACCAUCCUUUGUGAAAGAAUACGUAACGGUCACAUCAUGGCUACAAGAGCCCAACUUUAAUAUUUAUCCAUCACUGGAAGGAGAUGGUAAAAAUCACAUGCUACCGACCGGAGAACUACUGGUGUACAACAUUACACGCACGGAUGCUCUAAAAAUUUAUCGCUGUCGUACACAUCACAAAUUGACGCAAGAUUCGGUUGUGAGCAGCAAUGUGGGCAAAAUUCAAUUGACCGAAAUGCGAGAAUUGGUGCCACCGAUAAUGAAUGAAAAAGUUGUAAGCAUCACUGCACGAGUGGGCGAUCCCGUGGUGGUACCAUGUGUGGCAUAUGCAAAUCCUAAGCCGGUGUAUCGUUGGCAUACUAAACGACCGAAUAACGAAGAAUCCAUUCAGCAUUUGUUGGCAACAGGACGGGCUAAAAUUAAGGAUGGUACUCUGAUUAUAACCGCAGUGGACAAGUCAGACAACGGUGCUUUCUAUUGUACAGCGACUAAUUCAGAAGGAAGUGAAACCCUUGAAGUACAAAUGUCUGUUACCUCACCAUUGACAGCAGCUAUACAGCCCACUGUGCAGACAGUAAAUUUAGGAAAAACUGCAGAUUUGAUUUGUAGCAUUUCGGGGUUUCCAAAACAAACCAUCUCCUGGUUAAAGGAUGGUCAUCCACUGAGAGCGGGUGCCAGAGUACGUUUGCUGUCGAAAGAACAUAUGCGUAUUACCUCAAUUACGAAAGAAGAUAAAGGCAUGUACCAAUGCAUGGUAAAGAAUGACUUAGAAUCUGUACAAGCAACGGCAGAAUUAAAACUAGGAGAAGUGGCACCACAACUUAUCUACAAGUUUAUAGAACAGACAAUGCAACCAGGACCAUCUGUUUCAUUAAAAUGCAGUGCAAGCGGCAAUCCAACACCAAAAAUUGUUUGGCAAUUGGAUGGUUUUCCAUUGCCUAAUAAUGACCGACUUAUGAUUGGACAAUAUGUAACAAUGUUCGGUGACGUCAUUAGUCAUGUUAAUAUAUCGGCUGUCAAGUCGGAAGAUGGUGGCGAUUACGAAUGUAAAGCAAUUUCUCGCGCUGGUGAAGCAUCACAUACUGCUCGACUGAAUAUUUAUGGUAUGCCUUAUGUAAGACCGAUGCCAAAGUUGUCUGCAGUAGCUGGAAAAACAUUUUUCCUUAAAUGUCCUGUGGCAGGAUAUCCAAUUGAUAGUAUAAUCAUAGAAAAAGAUGGCGUAAAACUUCCCACAAACAUAUGACAGCGUGUUCAAAAUGGUACGUUACUGAUAGAGAAUGUACAGCGCACCGCCGACCAGGGUACCUACACAUGCAUAGCCCGCAACAAACACAAUUACACUUCCCAACGUUCGGUAGAAGUUAAAGUCCUUGUUCCGCCCAAGAUUACACCAUUUUCAUUCGCCCGCGAUCUGAAUGUCGGCGAUCGUACAAGCAUUCAAUGUGUCAUUGGCACCGGUGAUCUACCGCUCACAUUCACCUGGCUUAAGGAUGGAAAACCCCUACAGACGGCGGGGACUGCAGUGAUGCAGUCUACGCACAGUGCACGCGACAGCGGCAGUGUUAGCGGUAGGAUUAGUGGUACCGGUGACGUUGCUGCACCGGGCUCCGGCUCACAUACGACAUCGAUCAACUAUGCCCAUGCCCACACCCAUGGUGUCAUGUCCUACACGAAUGAUGAUGGUAGUAGCGGUGGUGAAGGAGGCGGCGGCGUAGUGACAAUUCGCCAAAAUGAUGAUUUCACCAGUGCCCUCAGCAUAACAAGUGUGACGAGGGCUCAGAGCGGCACCUACACAUGUCGCGUCCAAAACGAUGCCGCAACCGUAUCGCACUCUGCACAGCUAAGAGUUAAUGUGCCUCCACGAUGGAUUAUAAAACCAGCCGAUCAAGAUGCCAUUUUGGGCAAUCCGGUUGUAAUACGUUGUCAGGCGGAUGGUUUUCCAGUACCGACAGUACAAUGGAAACAAUCAAUUGGGGAUUCUGGAGAAUAUAGAGAACUGAGUUAUAGCAUUCCUAAUGGCAACUCUAAAUCGGUGAUCGAAACUCACAACAAUGGGUCUCUAAUAAUACCCAAAGUAGGACGUGAACAUGAAGGUAGUUAUUUGUGUCAAGCAAAUAAUGGCAUAGGUGCUGGUCUCAGCCAACUUAUUAAACUGACGGUUCAUGUGGGUCCUACUGUUACGGUUUCGAAGAAACAAGUAACUGUUAGAAGAGGUGAUCGUGUUACAUUGCGUUGUGAGGCUGAUGGUGAUCAACCUUUGGACAUAUCAUGGCGUGCCAAAGCUAAUCGUAUUGAUCCUUCAUUUGACGUUCGUUACCAUAUAAAAGAUUCGCCUCUAAGUCGGGGUAUAGUUUCGGAGUUAACUAUAUUACAGACCAUACUCAGCGAUCGUGGGGAAUACACUUGUAUUGCCAGCAAUUCAUAUGGUCAUGACCGGGCCGUUAUACACUUACAGGUUCAAGAGCCUCCUAAUUUUCCCGUCAAUUUACAUGCAACUGAUUUAGGAAGUCGCUCCGUGACUCUGGCUUGGUCACCCAAUGACCAGGACACAGUGUCGUUAGGUGGCAACAAUCGGGAUUCUCAGCCUAUAUCAAAUUAUAUAUUGCAAUACAAAAAGGCUGGAGAUGUUUGGCAUGAGGGUAACAAUCAGAAACUUCUACCAGGUGACAAAACCACAGCACAAAUUGGAUCCUUGCGUCCAGCACAGGCGUAUCAUUUUCGUUUAUAUGCUGAAAAUCAUUUAGGCACUAGUGCGCCUAGUGAUAUACUGUUGGUACAGACAGAUGCAGAGGCUCCUAGUGGCAGACCUCAAGAUGUAUCAGCAGAACCACUGGGACCACAACAGCUUCUUAUAACAUGGCGUCCGCCGGAGCGAGAUACCUGGAACGGCGAACUUUUAGGUUAUACAAUAGCCUACCAAAAACAUGGUUCUUCGGAUAAUUUUCAAAACUUUACAAAAGUUAGCAGUCUCGGUGGAGAAGGUCUUAAUGAUUUUCGUUUAACUGGCCUAGAAAAGUAUACGCAAUAUGCCGUCACGGUCUCUGCUUUUAAUGUCAAAGGUGAUGGACCACCAAGUGAAGUUGCUUUAGGUCAUACCUUAGAAGAUGCUCCCUCUGCACCACCACAGGGUGUAACUUGCAUUGCUUUAACCGCACAGAAUAUACAGAUUUCAUGGCAAUCUCCACCAAAAGAAAACCAUCAUGGUGUCAUUCAGGGUUAUAAGGUUCUAUACGAACCCGGUAAUUUUGAUUCAGAGUAUGGCAGCAGAGAAACUAAAAUCACCUCUGCGUUGAGUACUGUUUUACACGGUCUACAACCAUUUACAAAUUAUAGUGUGCAGGUUCUAGCUUUUACUAGAGCUGGUGAAGGUGUUGUAAGUUCAACGGUUUCAUGUACAACAGAAGAAGCUGUGCCAGAUGCUCCUGAACGCGUUAAAUCGGUAGUUAACUCAGAGUCAUCGGUCAUUAUUAGUUGGUUACCGCCACGUAGACCUAAUGGUAUUGUUACCAAGUAUAAUGUUUAUAUACGAAUUUUAGACAAAGGCCAGGAAUUGAAGAUCCUUAAAGAAGUUUUACCAGCUCAAAAUAGGCAUUUUGAAGCGAAAGAUUUGUCUACACGUGAAACAUACGAAGCUUGGGUAACGGCAUCCACAAGAGUGGGCCAAGGGCCUAGUACACCUGUCAUUAAACUUAUUCCCAGUUCAUCAGUACCGGCUGCUAUUAUUUCAUUUAGCCAAACUUUAAGUGUAAGUUGGAGGGUGGAUAUGAAAUUACCAUGUCUCUUUGUGGGAUCGCCAAAACCCAAUGCCGAAUGGAAAGUUUUAAAUGCACGUUCUAAAAAACAUUUUCGCCUAGAAGUAAGCAAUGACAAUACAUUAACAUUAAGAAACAUACAAAGAUCCCACGAGGGUAACUAUUCAUGUGUGGUACGCAAUGCCAUUGGUUCCGAUCACAUUGUUUACCAGUUAUUUGUUCAAGUUCCACCUUCGGCACCUGUUGUUUCGGUCAUAGGUACCACAGCAAACUCGGUUUCAUUGCAGUGGAGAGUAGAUGAUAUUGGUGGAGCCCCUUUGCGUGGAUUCACUUUGACUUUCCGUAAAGAAUUUGGAGAUUGGGAAGAAAUUCAAUUAGACAGACGCGUAAAUUCCCAUCUCCUAGAAGAUCUUCAAUGCGGGACGAGUUAUCAAUUCACAAUUGUGACAUUUAAUAAAAUAGGAACAAGUGCAACCAGUCCAAUAGAAAUAGCAAAAACUCAAGGAAAUAAACCAAAUGCUCCCAAUAAACACAGUCUCAUACGAGCUAACAUUACAUCGGCUCUGAUAGAAUUAUCCUCAUGGCAAGACGGAGGUUGCCCCAUCCAAUACUUUAGUAUUGAAUUCAAACGUUAUGGUAUUGCAAGUGACUGGAUAAUCGUAUCUAGUCGUAUCGAAUCUCACACUCGAUAUACAAUCGGAGACUUGGAAGCUGGAACGCUGUACAACUUGCGAGUGACUGCGCAUAAUAAUGCAGGGUCCACCGUUAAGGAAUACACCUUUGAAACAUUGCAAUCACCGGGAGAUUCGGUUGUUGCACUUGAGCGCAUACCUGAAUACUCUGAAGAUAUAUAUCCUUACGCUACAUUCCAUUUACCAGAACACGAAAACCAAUCGGCCAACAUACCACUCAACCGUAAGGGCAUGCAACCAAUGUACGAUCCACGCAGCGGAGACGACAACACCCUCUCGAGUGCGGGGAUGAAAGUGAAGAGAUCUGUAUCAGGUAGCGGCAAUAUAUCAAUGGGUGGUGGAGAAUGCAGCCACACGAAUACGGAGAAGAGACACAAGCGCCGUUCCAAAGCUAUAAAAUCGGAAUCGGAAGAAUAUGACAGUUUGAAUAGUGACAGUGAUUUAAGUGGCGAACGCAUACGAGACGAUAACCGUAGUACAAGAACCGAUGCUUCAAGUCAGCUAGAAAAUUCUGGAUAUAACAUUCAUGGCCACAGUCCGCGAAGUAACAAAGAACGCCUGUCGGUAUUUAGCAGGCCUCAACUUCAUAGUAACAGCAUGGACGCGGUGCCGCUCGACUACAGGCUCUUUGACCCGCCACCCAAGCAACGUAAACAGCAACAACAGCAAUCAGUUAACAAAACACAGUCACCCAAGCAUCAUGAGCGAAAACCCUCAGACGAAUGUGCCAAAAAUUCAACCAACCAUACAAAUUUGUCCGGCAGUAUAUCCGGCAAAAUACGACCAAAAACUACCGAUAAUAGUUCCAACAGCGGCAACAGUCUCUCCGGUGAAUUCCAAUGUUCACCUAACGGCAUCCCCUCCCCGCAUAUUGUCCAGUCGGGCUCCUAUGUUGAAAUACUAAAACAAGCCGGCAAUCAGGCAGCAGCUGCACAAGCCACUUCAGCUACAUCGCAGCAUGAACGUUUAAUGAGCCAUGUCAAAAAUCCUCUCAACUCAGCAGCAGCAUCUCUGGCAUGCCAUAACAAAAGCUAUGGCGAUUUUCUAACUAUAACACCUAGACGCAAAGGAAAACUUUUAGGCGGUGAUGGUAAAUCAGGUGUAGUCGGUGAAGGCCAUGACAAUUAUCGUCAUCAUUUACCACACACUAUUGAGCCACUCCAUCUGCUGGGCAUACCAAAUGACAAUAUGUCAACAUUCUUUGAUUACCGUGCUAUGGAGACUCUUAGCAAUGCCGAUACUCUGGCCAUCGGUUCAACCAUGUCGGGCCAUUUAUACCCUUCUAAAGUUACCAACAACAAACAGCAGUAUGAUGCCGCUAAAACCCAAUCUUCAGUGAUAGCACAAGUACCCGACGAAUAUCAUCAUAUUAUCAGUGAGAAAAACUUGAGCCCUCCUUCGGCAUUUUGUGAUAACAUAUCAUCGAUGAAUAAGGCUUAAAAAUAAGAACUCUUUUGAAACUAAAUAAUAUAGACCAAUCAAUUGUUUAUUCUGUUUGGUAUUAUUAUUUAUAAAUUCUUAACAUAUCGUAAUAAUUUUUGCAUUUAACUCGAAGCGUACUGAUUCCAGCAUAUCCGCUUUUUGACUUACAUAUAAAAGAAUUUUUUUGUAAAAAAAACAUCGAAAUUUUUUGAAAAAGAAAUUCACGGAUAACUGUUAAAUAUAAAGAAACUUAGAACUAACAAACAAAUGCAUUUAAAUGAGAAAAAACUUAAGAAUUCGGAUUCAAACAAAUUAGUUAAUUCGAAUGAUAAUUAAUUUAGCAUAAGAAAAUAAUUUCAAUUAAUUAAGUAAUCAAAUUCAAUUAACAAAAUAAUUAUGUCUGUUAAAUAAAUACAUGUUCUUGACUGAUGAUACAAUGAACAAUUUUUUUAUUUAAUUUUUUAAAAUAAAGACUUUUUGUAAAUAAAAUUAAAAAAAAAAAACGAAUUUUAGGAUAAAUAAUAUACACAGAAAUACAAACACAAAAAUCUACAUACAUAUACAAGAAUUAGAAUUAUACUUAAAUGAAAUGAGAUUAAAUAAAUGUUAAACGAUCAAUCAAUUGCGUUAUUUGUUUGUUAAUUCAAUUAUUAUCAUACAUUACAAUUAAUUAGUGAAAAAAUAAAAUUAGAAAAUUACUGCCAGUAUGGUGGUCGUAAUUAAUAUUUGAAUUGAAACAUGUGUCAAUAAUUAAAAAAUUACAUACAAAUACAAUUAAAAAAUUCAUACUAAUAUUAUGUAAUAUUAAUAAUAAUAAAAAAUAUAAAUUAGAUUCAAACCUUUAAUAUUAGAAUUUAAACAUUUUCAAUAAAUGUUUAAAAUAUCAAUUCUCCAAAAUCUGUCAAUUUUUUUACCAAAUGAAUGAGAAACAAAAUCGAAAAUUUGUCAAUCCAGUUAUACAAAGAAAUAAUGUGAAAAUAAUCAAUUAUUGUUUUAAUUGAUCUGAUCAAUCAAAUUUAAAUAAUUAAAUACAUACAUAUAAUUGUGAAUUUCUUAGUUAAGAUUAUAUUUAGAUUAAAUAAGUGAUUAAAUUAAUUUUUGAGGUACAGGCGCAUUCAAUAUGAAUUUGUAUCAAUAUCAAAGUGUUGUUAUUUGAUAAGAACUCUAGAUUUUAAAUCACUUAAUCAAUUAUUUAUGUAUGUAUUUGUAUGUGCUAAAAUAACAAUUAAAACGAAACAGAAUCAAGAACAAACCAAAAAAUACAAUAAAGAAUAAUUAAACAAAUAUGUAAAUUAUAAGA